AUGGACAACCGUGCUCCAGCCGAUGUGGCGCUCUCACCCGACUUGCCCGAACCUCCUACCCCCUCCUUGGACAGACUCGAAGACUCGCCGGCUCCUUCGCGCGCAACAUCACUGGAUGCUGAUACCCUAUUGCAAGAGAGCAAUGGCGCGACAUCCGGACGAAAGCGCAAGCUCAAUAGCAUGUCCUCACGAGGCGUCGCAAAUCUCACUCCAGAUCAGCUCGCAAAAAAGCGCGCCAACGACCGCCAGGCGCAGCGCGCAAUCCGAGAACGCACCAAGGGACAUAUUGAAGCUCUAGAGCAGCAAGUUCGGGACCUUUCAUCCCAAAAACCAUUCCUCAAUCUUCAAGCGGCUUUGCAGCAGAAUGAGGCGAUCCGAUCCGAGAAUAGAGAGCUCCGGCAAGGGCUGAAGGCCGCAAUGGAUAUUAUACAGCCAUUGCUUGCGAGGCCAGAAAUAUCAGGUAGGCGGAAGAUGCCAAUGCUAUUUAAUACCAAGCUGACAACAAUAGAUGCACCCCCUAGUUUCCCUAUACCCAAAUCCGCCCCGCCCCCUGCACAUACAUCCCCGUUCCCUGAGACCGAUCACUACACCUCCAAUCCCCAAGGCCUACUUCCAGGCGAGAAGUCGUAUGCAGAUUCCAUUGCCAGCCUCGAUACUCCCUCUCCAACACACUCUGCCCCGGCAUCAGUGAGUAGUCGCCGGAACAGUUCCACUGGCGGUCCUCCUUCGACCUCUUUCCGAGUUGCAUUGGACUCGCAGCGGCAUAACAUCACCCAUGGCUUAGACCUGGGCUCGGAGGAACGACUAGGCUUCAACUUCCUAUUAGACUCGUCACAUGCUGUUCCCAAAGUCAACCGUCUUCGCCGCAGCAGCUCGGAGAACUUCCGCUCUCACUUUAAUCCGCCGUCACCACUAUACCCACAACCACUCAACACAACCUGCGAACAUGGCACACCUGCAUUUGCUGCGCCAAUUCAGAACUUGACCGCAACAUGCCCGUUGGACACCAUCCUCCUGGACUUCCUUCACAGCCGACAACGCGAAGCCGCACAAGGCAUCCCCAAGCAGAAACUAGUGGGACCUCCAUAUCCAAGUGUCUCGUCGCUAUUAAAUCCCGACAAAAGCGUCUACUCGCACCCUGUUUCAAAAGUGUUUACGGAUAUCCUGCGCACGUUCCCUGAUAUUGCCGGUCUACCGGAGCAGGUCGCCGUGCUCUAUACCAUGUUCCUUCUCAUGCGCUGGCAGAUAUACCCAACGCAAGAGAACUAUCAUCGUCUCCCGGAGUGGCUCACACCACGCCCAACACAGCUUCUCCAUCCUCAUCCAGCUUGGAUGGACUAUGUUCCUUGGCCGGGUAUGCGUGACCGAAUUGUCACAACAUAUCAAAACUAUCCGUUCGAGAAUUGGUUUAUCCCAUUCACUCGUGGGAUCUGUGUCAAUUGGCCGUAUGAGUCUACGGAUUGUUUACUGUCGGCGGGUGACUCGGAAGAGCUGGUCAUCAACCCUGUCUUUGAGCGGCACAUGCGCAACCUGCACAAUUGGUCUCUGGGGACAUGCUUUGCAGAGACUUAUCCCGCUUUGGCGGACACGGUUCGAAUCAAAGCGCAAGAGCCGAAGCCAACGCCACGUUCGCACUAG